AAUAUCUCAACAUCUUCCAACUAAUCCCAUACUCAGAAAAUGCAUCGAACACUCAACACAUCUUUAAUCCUAUCAUUACUCUAUUUUUUCAUCGGAUUAUACAAUUAUGAAGUUCACGGUGAAAAUAUCGCUGCAAUGGAACAAAGUUACGAGAUCACUACCGAUGUGGACCAAAAAGGAUGUAUACCGCCUUCCGAUAUGGACUGUGACGAAGAUAUUGUAGAUAUGUUUGUUCCCGCUGGCACAUUGUGUUUCCAUGUAAAUGAAGCUGGACCAAAUCUUAUCUGUAUUAAUGGAGAGUGGGUCGAGGCUAUCUCAGUGACAAAAGCAAAAAGGGAGAAACGGUAUCACCAGAUAUGUACUACACACAGACGCAGAAGGCGUAUAGUAUGGAGAAGACGUCGAAGUAGAUAUGCAGUUGAGAAAUGUGAUCGUCCAAAUCACGAGCCUUAUUUUCGGAACUGUCCAUCAUCUUUGACAUUUGUCACUGGAAAAAAGGAAACAUCAAUGCGGGUGUACUGGACCGAACCAACUGCCUAUGACUACGAAGAUGUAAUAUUCUGUCGUACUCCGAGGGCUCCUAAAUUUGGAACAGUUUAUUGUUCGGGAACAAAUUAUGGUCAUAUCUGUAACUUUUUCUGUCCUACCGGAUACACCCCAACAGUUGCAAGUAUGACAUGUCAACUGAAUGGUUAUUGGACACAUGGAGGGUCAUCUGAAUGCAAAGUUAACACUUGUCCCCAGACGUUCCCUACAAUAGAACAUGGAUAUUAUUCCUGCAGUAAAUUCACUAUAGGAACGUCAUGUAAUCCAACGUGUGAUCCGGGAUAUUCAGUUAUUAGAUUUGUUCCUAUAGUCUGUAAACUUGACGGGCAAUGGUCUCUCCCGGUGGAUACAAUAUGUAAAGAUUCCGAGCCACCUAUAAUAUUGAAUUGUCCAUCAAAUAUAACGAUAACUGCUGAAAAAGGAAAAACUUCUGCAAUCGUUACGUGGGACGUACCAUCUGCUAUUGACAAUCAGGAUAAUUCAAGACUUACAGUGAACCAAACUGCUGGUUCUAUUACACCUGGUUCUCGGAUUGAAGGCGGAGUUGUUCAUAUUCUGAAAUACGUAGCUUUCGAUAGUGCUCUUAACCCUUCAGAAGAAUGUUUAUUUUACGUGCAAGUGAAAGUUACCAAGUGUUCCCGCAUUUCUGCACCAAGAAAUGGUCGUUACAAGUGUGACAAAGGUUUCAUAUAUGGUAGUCAGUGUAAUUACACAUGUUAUCAAGGAUAUCUGUUACAAGGAGCGUCUUCGUCGACAUGUGAUCAGAACGGCGAUUGGAAUUCAUCUACACCAAUCUGUAAAGAGGUUGAAUGUUCACCACCAGAAGAGCAUGGAAUGAGUAUAUCUAAUGGUUACUUUAGUUGCCAGUCGCCAAUAAAGUACCAGUCAGUGUGUUAUGCAAUUUGUGACGGUGGAUUCAAACUCGCUCUAUACACAUCAGCAAUAUGCAAAGUUGACUCGAAUAAUACUCCUUUCCUAAGUUUGAGUUUACAACCAGUUUGCUUAGAUAUCGAGCCACCAACGUUUGAUAAUUGUCAAGGAACAAAAGUUCUUACAUUUCCUGCAGCAAAAGGAAAGACAACUGCAGAAAUACAGUAUGAUAUCCCAACAGCCUCUGAUAAUGUAGAUCCUUCCCCUGAAGUAACAAAGAUACUAGGACCAGAUAGCGGAGACACACUGGACGCAAAUGAUAUAGAUUUUGUUGAGUUUCAAGCAAUUGAUAAUGUUGGGAACGUCUCACCGCUGUGUUUAUAUGUGCUUCAAGUGGAUGUUACUGAAUGCCCUGCCUACAUACCACCAGAGAAUGGAGACGUUUCGUGUACAUCAGACUUUAUAUAUGGAAGUAUUUGUACAUUGACCUGCAAUGAAGGUUAUAAAUGGCAGGGUUCUGCAAUAGUGCAAUGUUUAGAAAGUAAAUCAUGGAAUGCCACAGACUUCGUAUGUACAAGGGUACUAUGCCCAUCGCUACCAGACCCUCCAGACAACGGGUAUUACUCGUGUGCAGGAAACACUUUUCCAUAUGGUACAAUUUGUCAAGCAAACUGUAUUGAUGGUUUUGAACUAUCACAAAUGUCGUUUGCACGAUGCAAAUCUGAUGGGUCUUGGGAAAUAUCUACAACUCCUAACUGCAAAGAUGUAGAACCACCAGAGAUUAUAGACUGUCCAUCUGAGAUAAAGAUUAAUGCUGAGAGGGGAUUAGAAAGUGCUAUUGUAACUUGGACUGUGCCAUCAGCUAGUGAUAACUUUGAUAACAGUCCAACAGUAAUGAGAGUGUAUGGACCUAAAUCCGGUGAACGUAUUGAAGAUAACGCGAUAGUAAAAUAUCAGGCAACAGAUUCUGCUGGCAACCCAUCUGAUAUUUGCACAAUAUAUAUCACCGUCAUAGUAAUUCGAUGUCCUUCACCACAUUGGCCCGAUGAUGGAAGAAUUUCGUGUAACCUUGGAAACAUUUACGGGAGCGAAUGUAUAUACACUUGUGAUGAAGGUUAUAAAGUGUCCUUUCCGUCUUUGGUUGUCUGCGAAGAAAAUGGUUAUUGGACUUAUGGAAGCAAACCGCCUAUAUGUUCCCCAAUAACUUGUGGUCCACCUCCAAGUGUGCCAAAUGGAAUUUUUCUCUGCAUGAAUGUAAUGUUCCAUUACCAGAGCAUGUGUAUGUUAAUAUGUUCCAACGGAUUUUCUACUAAUAAGUUUGUGCUAGCAAUAUGUCAGUCAAGUGGUGAAUGGUUUAUUUCUUCAAACAGUAUAUGUAAAGAUAUAACGCCACCGACAAUAUUAGACUGCAAGACUUAUCAGACAUUUUACACUGAUCGUGGUUUGGAUACUGCACAAGUAACAUGGAGUAUUCCGACUGCAAUUGACAACACAGACAACCCUAGUGACAUCAUCAUUGAACAGAUAUCAGGUCCUACAAUAGGCUCUAGUAUCAGCAUAGGGACGACAGUAGUUGACUAUAGAGCUGUUGAUACGUCUGGAAAUCCAUCAGUCGUGACAUGCUCUAUUACGAUAAAUGUAGAAGCCGUUUAUUGUAAUCAUCCGAGAUAUCAUUUUGAUGACGUGAACUUGGAAUAUACGUGUUUAUCUUUUACUUGGGUGAUACGUGUAGUUUAGCGUGCCCCUUGAAGGAUUCACUAAGUUUACAAGGACCUGAUUUGAUAACAUGUGAGGCCACUUUCUUAGAUUCCUGGCUGAUAACAACAUGGGAAUAUGAGGGUAAUAAUGAACCUUCCUGUCAAGCUCAAACAUGCCCUACAAGUCUUACAACACCAGAAAACGGAGCAUUGUCGUACACAACUGAUAAUGAUAAUCAGCCGCUUGUGUACGUGUUAUGUAAUGGAAACUAUGAUUUGCCAUAUGGGUUUGAUGGACAUAUUCAGUGUCUUUAUACGGGAUUAUGGAGUCCUGGCGAAGUUCCAGACUGUACACGAACACGCCGUCCAGGGUUAAAUAGUUUGCCAGUCUCAUUUUACUACUUCAUCGACAGUACCUCCGAGGCAUCCAUUGAUGCAAUCAAAGAUCAAUUAUUAACUAGUCUAGAGGGAUAUAUUGAAUCCGUUAAGACAUCUGAAUGCCUGACUGGCUCUACGUGUAGUUAUAAUGGCCUUGAAGUGAAAGAUGGUUCUGUUCGACAGGAAAGAGAGGUCAAAAAUACAAAUUACCGUUCUAAAAGACAAGAAUACAAUCUUUUCGUCAACUUUUCAUUAACAAUCACUGGAAAUGUUUCGGAAUGGGAUGAAUUCUUAAUGUAUCAAAGUGUUCUUUUUCGAAUGUCUGACAAACUAAAGAAUGCUAUAUAUGCUGGAGCAUUCGACUUUGGUGACCUUUCAGUCGUUCCAGGUUCUUACCACAAAGCGCCCACAUCUAUAAAUACGUGUGAGGGGGA